UGUCCACUAGCCAGCCCACAACCAAGGGUCAUGAUUAUCCCAUGGAAGCACCUCUGAGUGACUCCCCUGUGGAGCUAGAGGGUUGGGUGCGUCUGUGGGAAAACCCCAGUGGCAUCCCAUCUGCCGACAUUUCAUGGCUCAAAGAGAACAGAGAAAGAGGGCUGUUCAACCCCGUUCAAAUCUACAAGGACAACACUGGUCUGUAUAAGAGGCGACGGGUGAUGAAACCACACUGCAUGUGGUUUUACCCACCAGAACCUCCUGGCUAUAUCAGCGGUGCUCUGCCAACUCCACAGCUCUUUUUUCUGAGCCACGUCUUUGUGUGGCGCCCUUUUGGAGUGUACUCCCUGAAGUGUCUUCGAGGUGAUGAGUGUGUGGGUAGAGGACGGAAUGUGCACCUUUACAAGUCUGGCUAUCAUCACUGGGUACGUCACAUCUGUGAUGUGUCCAGCUGGUACACAGUGCUCACUGAGGUCCUGUGUUGCCGACCAUGUACAAGGCAGCCAGGAGCGGAGAAGGUGGCACACCGCUAUUUUAUCACAACUUAGUGAGGCUCAAGCUAUGUUCCCUGCCAUCCUCACCAACAAAUUCCGGCUGGCCAAUCAACCUGCCCCCAAAAUCUUAUACGUGGACCGUGGGUGUUGUCGAGCGCAGGGCCCAACAACAGUGGAGACUUUGUUCCAGUCUUGGGGGGGACAAUGGCAUGCUGUGCGUCUGGACAUCUUCCACUGGAUCCACCAGUUUGAUGCAGCCAUGCGCACAGAGUCUCACUCCAAGUACACUGUGUUCAAGUCUGCUCUAGCUGGGGCAGUGCUAGCCUAUAACUGCACAGACCUGGAGCUGCUCAUCAAGGCCGUCAGAGCCAAGGACACGACAACGCUCAAGUCUGUCUCAGAUAAGGAUGUUGUCCGGCACUACAUUUCUAGGGAGCAGCUCAAACACCAUGUACGGAGGGUCACAAUCGGGGCUCACGAAACAUUUCGGCUCAUCCACCUGGCCAUUGAGGAGCUGAAAGGUCCCGCUGGGCUGGACGAGAGUGGAGUGAGCCUCUUCAAAACACCUGGUGUAUUUACAGAGGCCAUUGAUGGGAUGUGGGCAGGCCAGCAGCGACACCUGGAGUGCAUUCAGGAUUCACCAGACAUGAACAUGUAUAAGGUGGCACGCACCACAACUAUCAAUCAUGUGGACGUGCCUUACUGCAAAUGUCUGCAUGGAAGCAACAACCUGGAAGGAUUCCACAAAACUCUGCCACACAUGAUUCCAAGUACACAAAUGUAGUCUGUAUAUUUGUGACAAAUUAAACAUGUGACCCUGUCAUUAAUCCAGGGUGGGAAAUUAAUGUUUUAAAAUGUGAACUACCAGCCUCUGACAAAUAAAUGUUAAAAUUCACCAGCUAAAAUUCUACCAUUGCAUUUGGCUGGUGGCUGGUACUAAUUUCCCACCAUGCAUUAUUUAAUACUUUUUAUUGUGACGUUCAACAAAAACGUGCCAAAAUAAACUGUGAAUGUGUGCAGUAAAUUUCAAUGAUCUUUGCCACCUGUACAAAGUCAGAGCCACACAGAAAGCUCAGAUCAUCUUACUGGACUCCCAGCACCCUUGACACAGUGACUUUAGUUUGGUCCUCUCAUGGAGGAGGUUUUACCACCCUAGAGGUGACACUAACAGAUAAAUGAGGUCUUUUAGUCCAUCAGGUACUGUUUUUUAAUGUUUUUUUAAAACAAAUUGGGACUGUGACUAUCUGUGGAUGUGAUACAGCGCCCCCCAUCUUUCUUUCAUUCUUGAUGCAUCUUCUGAGGGGUCUGGUGACAACUGACAAUGACAACAGUGAUGUUGGCGUUAAUUUUGUACUUGUAUUUAUGUGUGUAUGUAUGUCUAUAUUGUAUGUAUACAAUUUUUUACUGCUGUUUGCAUGUCAAAUUGCCCCUCGGGGACAUUAAAGCUUUACUCCACUCUAGUCUGCUGUGCUCAGGUUCCCACUGUGCGGCACGGCUCUAUCAGGUUUACCUGAUAAGUGGCAUUGCACGGUGGAACUCAGACAGCUCGGAUGCCGUGUUUGGUGGCAAAGGAGGGCACCACAGGACCUACUUGGCGCCGCUGACUGACCGCCUCAACACCCACUGUCAGCAGCUGUUAGGAGAGACUUUGGAGGAGAAUUUGGAGUAUCUAUUUAGCCAGAGCAGUGGUGAAUCUGGACCCUUCUCUCUUCAGGACAUUGUCAACAAUGUUCCUGGUCCAGAGGAGGAGGUAGUUCAGCCUGGGCAGCUCGAUCCAGAUCCUGAAGCAGACGAGGCGUACCAGAGCGACGUGGUGGCACAUGACGAUGUGCUGGAUGCUGUCCUGCAGUGGAGGACCACGAGAAGCAGCCGCAGCAGUUCAACCAACUGUACAGAAAACACUGGGACAACACCCUCUACCGCCGCACAAAAAUGGAUGAUCUUGUUGAUGCUGCUGUGAUACAGAGGGUAAAGAUGGCCAAUCGCCACGCACCAGCACAACAGGAUGUCAGUGCUCACCACAACAGGCUGAUGUACACACUGGUGAAACUGUUGUGGUUGCACUCACCUCAAGGGUCUCGCAGCAGUCUUGAGAAGGUGUUCGAGCAAAUCCAGCACCGGAUUUUGGUGGAGGAUCCAGUCCUGUGCAAAGCAGGCAUUCCUCUCAAAAAUUAACAUCAAGACUGCAGGACUUCAUCCGUUGCCAAGAGAGGCUCCUCAACCUGCACAACACAAAACAGCCAUCCACCAUCACAAAGACCACCUCCAUCUCAUCUGCAACAGCCAGCAGUCCGGAAUACCCAACACGGCAGGGACAAAGGUGUUAAAGUGAAGGACAGACAUAAUCAUGCCACUCUCCCGGCCUCAACUACCACUGCCACCUCUACCAACAGCAGACCUGCCCUUCCUCUCUGCAUCUACAGCAACCCCUGGGAUUGCUAGCACCUCCACACAGCCCAUAAUGCCUGCCAGUCAGGCUCUGCCCACAAUGCCCACUACUAGCACAUUGCACAGUACUGGCAGUCGUUCAUUCUGGGCUAGAUCUACACAAUACGAGCGUAAGGUGAAGGAACGCUCCUCAGAAGUAGGAUGCAAACUGUUUCCCUGUCUGUACACUUUGUGGCCAACCAACCCAGGGACAUAAAAAAUACAAGAAAAAUACUUUCUGCCCUGUAAAAAUGAUGUCCACAUCUAAAGGUCUGGACAACAGAGUGUAGGCAGUUACGAACAGUUCACCUCUUGUGUUGAUAAGUUGGAGGAAUGAGCUGAAAAUAUGUCAUAUAUCUGUAAAUAUGGUAGGGUUGCAUUGUACAUAUUAUAAAUAGUCUUCAUUUUUAUUACAUUUCAUUCAUUCAUUCAUUUCAUUAAUCAUGUUCAAUGAUACUUUAUUGUCUCCACUGUAGUGCUGUUUUUUUCCCAUUUCAUGCACUUUAUUCAAUAAAGUGGUCAGUGCUACAGUAA